CGGGCACAUCAUCAUCCCGACCCGACGGAGAGGCAGCAGACCUCCCGCAUCCUCCCCCGCAUCCCCAAACCACCGCAUUGUGUCUGCAGCCACUGCGAUAGGCGUUCACGGACAGCAUCAUGUGCAGACUUCAGUAAAGCCGGGACGUUUUUCUAUGCAACGCGCUCCUCUGGUCUCACAGUAAACCGCUGCUCUCGAAACAUUUUCUCAAGGAUAAUAACGAUGAGGCGUGACCGCGAUAGAGACAGAGAGCGUGAUGAACGGUCGAGGGACAGGGACCGUGACCGGGAUCGAGACCGUGACAGGGACAGAGAUGUGAAGUCAUCCGGGGUGCCCACCAUCCUAACUGCAGGCGGUGGAAGCUUCCUCAAGCAAACCCCCUUUCAGCAGCAGAUCAACCCUUUCACCAACCUGCCCCACACACCACGUUACUAUGAGAUCCUGAAGAAGCGGCUGCAGCUGCCUGUGUGGGAGUACAGAGAGAGCUUCACUGACAUCCUGAUGCGGAACCAGUCUUUUGUGCUGGUGGGAGAAACGGGCUCUGGGAAAACCACACAGAUCCCUCAGUGGUGUGUGGACAUGGUGCGGUCAGUGCCGGGACCAAAGAGAGCCGUGGCCUGCACCCAGCCCAGGAGGGUAGCAGCCAUGAGCGUUGCCCAGAGGGUUGCUGAUGAAAUGGAUGUCAUGCUGGGCCAAGAGGUGGGCUACUCCAUCAGGUUUGAGGACUGCAGCUCUGCCAAGACGGUACUCAAGUACAUGACAGAUGGAAUGUUGCUGCGGGAGGCCAUGAAUGAUCCCCUGCUCGAGCGCUACGGUGUCAUCAUCUUGGACGAGGCACACGAACGCACAUUAGCCACAGAUAUCCUCAUGGGGGUCCUCAAGGAGGUGGUCCGCCAGAGGGCUGACCUCAAGGUCAUCGUCAUGAGCGCCACGCUAGAUGCCGGCAAGUUCCAGGUGUACUUUGACCACUGCCCGCUGCUCACCAUCCCCGGACGCACGCACCCUGUGGAGAUUUUUUACACGCCCGAGCCUGAGCGGGACUACCUGGAAGCAGCCAUCCGCACCGUGAUCCAGAUCCACAUGUGUGAGGGGGACGAGGGGGACAUUCUGCUUUUCCUCACUGGACAAGAGGAAAUUGAUGAAGCUUGCAAGCGAAUCAAGCGGGAGGUCGACGACCUGGGGCCUGACGUCGGCGAUAUCAAGAUCAUCCCACUGUACUCCACACUUCCUCCACAGCAACAGCAGAGGAUCUUUGAGCCACCCCCACCCAAUAAACCGAGUGGUGCCAUUGGAAGGAAGGUUGUCGUGUCAACAAACAUCGCUGAGACAUCCCUGACCAUUGACGGCGUGGUGUUUGUAAUCGAUCCUGGAUUUGCCAAGCAAAAGGUGUAUAACCCACGAAUCAGAGUGGAAUCCCUUUUGGUCACAGCCAUCAGUAAGGCCUCGGCCCAGCAGAGGGCAGGUCGUGCUGGACGAACACGCCCAGGAAAGUGCUUCCGCCUUUACACAGAGAAAGCUUACAAGACAGAAAUGCAGGACAACACGUAUCCAGAGAUCCUGAGGUCCAAUCUGGGCUCUGUGGUGCUGCAGCUGAAGAAACUGGGUAUUGACGACCUGGUGCACUUUGACUUCAUGGACCCACCAGCCCCAGAGACCCUGAUGAGAGCCCUGGAGUUGCUGAACUACCUGGCAGCGCUCAAUGACGACGGUGACCUGACGGAGCUGGGCUCCAUGAUGGCAGAGUUCCCCCUGGACCCCCAGCUGGCCAAGAUGGUCAUCGCCAGCUGUGAAUUCAACUGCUCGAACGAGGUCCUCUCCAUCACUGCCAUGUUGUCAGUCCCACAGUGCUUCGUCCGACCCACGGAGGCUAAGAAGGUGGCUGACGAGUCCAAGAUGCGCUUUGCCCACAUAGACGGGGACCACAUGACGCUGCUUAACGUCUACCACGCCUUCAAACAAAACCACGACUCCACUCAGUGGUGCUACGACAAUUUCGUCAACUACCGCUCACUAAUGUCAGCAGACAACGUACGGCAACAGCUGUCCAGGAUCAUGGACCGCUUCAACCUGCCACGGCGGAGCACCGAAUUCAGCAGCAGAGACUACUACACCAACAUCCGCCGAGCGCUGGUCACUGGCUUCUUCAUGCAGGUCGCUCACCUGGAGCGCACAGGCCAUUACCUGACAGUGAAGGACAACCAGGUCGUACAGCUGCACCCUUCCACUGUGCUGGAUCACAAGCCGGAGUGGGUGCUUUACAACGAGUUUGUGCUCACCACAAAGAAUUACAUCCGCACGUGCACUGACAUCAAACCAGAGUGGCUGGUGAAAAUUGCCCCGCAGUACUAUGAGAUGAGUAACUUCCCCCAGUGUGAAGCGAAGAGACAGUUGGAGCGUAUCAUUGCAAAAAUCUCAUCCAAGGAAUACACUCAGUACUAAGAAGGUUUGCAUGUGCUGCAACAGCAUCCUCGGCAUCUGUACAAAGUAAAACCUGAACUUAUUUGAGCUGUUUUGUUUUUUUCUUACCAACAACAACCUCAUUUUGAUUUUUUGUCUCAUUGUGUGUAAUGUAUUUUCAUGAUGACUGAUGAAUUGUGUCCUUUAAGGGCCACUGUGGGUCAUUUUUUAAAGCCCAGAGGGUUAAGCACUACCAGAGAUGGACUGUAAAUGAAUUUAGUCAUUAACCAUUUCUGUUUAAAGCAUGAUAGCUCAUGUACAUUUCAACAUUCCUCUUUAAGACAUCCGUAUUAAGCCACAGCCCAGGAUUCUUGGCUGUUGUCUUGCUUCUGCUGCUGAAACGGCAUAAAUCCAUGGAAGCUUUUGAUCAAAUAUAAUUUAUACUGUAUUUUGAUGCGGGCAUAAUGUAUUGUUCUCCUGUCACGGAGAUACUAAGAGGGGCAUUCUGGUCACAUUUCCUGUCGCUGUUCAACUUAAUAAAAUUGACUUUGUAAUAAAACA